AUGGGCAUCCAUGGGAUCUUCAAGGAGAUCGGCUCAGGCCAGAGGAUAUCGCUGGUCAAACUCGCCUCCGACCACUACAUUGCCCACGACCGACCAUUCCGACUAGCGAUCGAUAUAUCCAUUUGGCUCUUUCAGAUCCAGGCUGGCAAAGGCGGCUCUAACCCUGCCUUGCGAACAUUCUACUACCGACUCCUACGGCUCCUGAGCUUCAACAUCCACCCGCUCUUCGUCUUCGAUGGACCGAACAAACCCCUCUUCAAGCGAAACAAGAAAGUCGGCGGGCCGGGCGUCCGAGUCGCAAGUGUGCCUGAGUUUUUGGCAAAGCAACUCUUGAAAGAAUUUGGGUUUCCGUGGCAUGUUGCGCCUGGUGAAGCAGAAGCAGAAUGCGCGCUGUUACAGCGAGAGGGCAUUGUCGAUGGUGUGUUGAGUGAGGAUGUGGAUACCCUGAUGUUUGGAUCGGGUCUUACCUUACGGAAUUGGACUUCAGAAAACAGCAGCAAGAGCCCGACGCAUGUCAAUGUAUACCGAGCAGAUGAGACAAAGGAGAAGAGUGGCCUCGAUCGCGAGGGCAUGAUCUUGGUUGCGCUCAUGAGCGGCGGCGACUACAUCACGGAGGGGAUUCCUGGAUGCGGACCGAAGGUAGCUUGUGAUGCAGCUCGAGCAGGCUUUGGAAAAGAGAUGUGUGAAUUGGUCAGGAAGAAGGAUACUGCAGGGCUGAAGGCCUGGCGAGAACGUCUGCAACAUGAGAUCCGCACGAACGAAUCCAAAUUCUUCACAAGAAAGAACUCGACACUGACUAUACCAGAGGACUUUCCAGAUCGGGAGGUACUAGGAUACUACACCAAUCCUUGCCUCUCUACAUCUGACAAGCUGGCUAGAUUAAGAGCAGGCUUGCAAUGGGACCAAGAUAUCGACUUUCCAGCUUUGCGCUCCUUCGCAGCCGACGCUUUUGACUGGAGGUGUUUGAGUGGUGCAAAGAAGUUUAUUCGCAAUCUUGCUCCAGCGAUGCUGAUACGGGAAUUGAGACUGCGUGGCGAUGAGAAUCUCCAGCUCAGUCAAGAUGCCCAGGCAGAGCGAGAGAACGAGUACGUGACAGCAAUUCACGGAAAGCGAAAUCACAAUACCACUGAUGCAGAGCUCGAAUAUCGAAUCACCUUCAUUCCGAUGAACUUGGUCCCGAUCGAUCUGAGCAUAGAGGACGAAGAUGACGACUUCAUCCCAGCAGGCGCUCCUGACGAUCCUAGUGAUGCCGAGAAUGACUUCGUUCCGAUCUCUAGCAGUGCUGCUGAUGAGGAGGAACCGUCGGCGGCAUCGCCUACGAAGAAGCGUACAGCUAAGCCUUACGAGCCAGACCAGCCGGAGAAGAUCUGGAUCAUGCAUAGCUUUCUCCAAGUCGGAUGUCCGCUGUUGGUUGAGGAUUACGAGGGUAGCUUGCGAGAUCCAAAGCAAUUCUUCAAGCAAAGAAGAGAGGCCAGAGCUGCAGCUGCCGGCAAGACGAACAUCCAUGGCAAGAAGCUCAGCAAGAAGAAGGCCAAUGACAUGCCAGAAGGAGCCAUGAGAGCGUUCACGGCCGUUUCAAAGUCUUUGCAGGCCGAGAAGGGGCCUUCCAAGAAAUCAAGGGAUCGUGAGCCACUGCAGACAUUGGAGGGCGGUGGUAACUCUCAGGGGGAGAAGCCGAAAGCUUCCAAGAAGGGUGCCGACAAGGUGACAGCAGAUGUACCAGGCUUUGUUCUACCGUUCCAGGCAGAGCUAGAUGCCCUCGAUGAAGAGUUAACGCCAAAGGCGAAUCGGCAGCCAGCGAAGCCUGUCAAGGAUAGGCCCUUCGCAAAGUUUGCGGCGCAGUCAAAGAGACAGAAAGAUGCCCAAAAGACACCAGAGCGCCGUAAGAGGCGUUCGUCAGAUGUGCCGUCUUCUGUCCGAAGCCAAAAGUCGAUCGUAUCCUACUUCUCCCCUACACCAAGGAAGUCCAAGGCAUCAGAGCCGGACAUCAUCAAUCUCAUAUCCUCGACACCCGCCCGCCCCGAGCCUCCACGAGCGCUCACUCCAACACCACAGAAUCACAGAAUCCAGACAACACUCGAGGUCGAUGUCACUGCCAGGCUUUCGCUGGACUACUCGCCAGGGAAGCUCCCAGACACAGUGACUAAGCGAAGGAAGAAAGCGCCUCUCAAACGACAUCAGACGGCGCCUACGUGGUGGAUCUAUCACGCGUGA